UGCAGCCAUGCCACCCCCUCCCACUCCUCCCGGCUCAAUGAAGCUUUCUUUUCCCGCAGGUUGGAGGCCGGGCAGCCGCGUUCAGGAUGCGGGACUUGCAAACGAGGAACAGCAGGGCGGCCCCUGUGGCAGGAGGAAGCUUUCCAGCCCGUAGUCGUUCCUCCACAUCCCCGGCUAGACAGAGUAUCAACAGUCCAGACCAAUUCCAGGGCUGGGCCAUGGGAACAGGUCCUAAAAUGAAAACUAAUGUCCUGAGGGCCCCCUUGGUCAUUAUGGUGCCCCGGAGGUGCCUGCAGGUGAUGUCACGGCCUUCACUCUGAUGUCACGUUAAACAUAUGUCGUCACUCUCAGCUUCCACUCCCGGGCACUAGGGCCCCGGGUUGGUGAUUACCGCUUCCCUGAGUGGUGCCACUGUGUGUGCGGUAAGAUAAAGGCUUUAGUCAGCUCUCCCUGAGCUCGUCCCGACGGCUCAUUUUCCUCUAUCCCCCUCCGCCCCUCACCACCGCCACAGAGGCCCGGGAGGGGCAGGCACGCCUCCCGCACCCUGCAGCCCCGCCCCGCCCCGCCCCGCCCCCAGCCCUUGGGGCCAGGAAGCGCGGAAGGAAUCGCCUGGGCCAUGGACGGGGCUGUGAUGGAGGGUCCGCUUUUUCUGCAGAGUCAGCGCUUCGGGACCAAGAGGUGGAGGAAAACUUGGGCUGUGCUUUACCCAGCCAGUCCUCACGGCGUGGCGCGGCUGGAAUUCUUUGAUCACAAGGGGUCGAGCUCUGGAGGGGGUCGAGGCGGCUCUCGCCGUCUAGACUGCAAGAUGAUACGCCUGGCUGAAUGUGUGAGCGUGGUGCCUGUGACUGUGGAGAGUCCCCCUGAGCCCGGCGCCGCUGCCUUCCGCCUGGACACCUCACAGCGCUCGCACCUGCUGGCGGCGGACGCUGCAUCCAGCACUGCCUGGGUGCAGACUUUAUGCAGAACCGCCUUUCCGAAAGGCGGCUGGGCUUUGGCACAGACGGAGAACCCACCUAAGUUUUCUGCCCUAGAGAUGCUGGAGAAUUCGCUGUACAGCCCCACCUGGGAAGGAUCCCAGUUCUGGGUAACCUCCCAGAAGACCGAGGCUUCUGAACGCUGCGGCUUGCAAGGCUCCUACAUACUGAGAGUGGAAGCUGAGAAGCUAACCCUCCUGACUUUGGGUGCGCAGAGUCAAAUCCUGGAGCCGCUCCUUUUCUGGCCCUACACUCUGUUGCGACGCUAUGGCAGGGACAAGGUAAUGUUCUCCUUUGAAGCUGGUCGCCGCUGCCCCUCUGGCCCUGGGACCUUCACCUUCCAGACUUCUCAGGGAAAUGACAUCUUUCAGGCAGUUGAGGCUGCCAUCCAGCAGCAGAAAGCCCAAGGAAAGGUGGGACAGGGACAAGAUAUCACCAGAACUGACUCUCAUGAUGGGGAGACAGAGGGGAAGAUAGUUCCCCCUCCUGUUCCCCAGGAACCCCUGGGCAGCCCACCAGCCCUAUAUGCCGAGCCUUUAGACUCCUUGCGAAUUCCCCCAGGUCCUUCUCAGGACUCUCUCUAUUCAGACCCCCUAGGCAGCACCCCUGCUGGGGCAGGGGAAGGGGUGCAUUCGAAGAAACCUCUCUAUUGGGAUUUGUAUGGGCAUGUGCAGCAGCAGUUGGUGAAAACCAAGCUGACAGACUCCAAAGAGGACCCAAUCUACGAUGAACCUGAGGGCCUGGGCCCAGCCCCUCCCCGGGGCCUCUAUGAUCUGCCUCAGGAGCCUAAGGAUGCAUGGUGGUGCCAGGCUCGGCUGAAGGAAGAGGGCUAUGAGCUCCCUUACAACCCUGCCACCGACGACUAUGCUGUGCCACCUCCUCGAAGCUCAAAGCCUGCCCCUGCCCCCAAGCCACAGGGCUUGAUCCUUUCUGAAUCUGGUACCACAAGUGGCAGUGGCAGCAAAGGCCACAGCUCAGAUACAGCUCUGUACAGCCAGGUCCAGAAAAGUGGGAGCUCAGGGGGUUGGGACUGUGGACUCUCUAGAGUAGGGAAUGACAGGGUGGGGGUCAAGUCAGAGGGUUCCACCUGAGACAGUUGCUGAUAGGAGGUCCAUGGGGUGGUGGCACUGAAAAUCAAAGAAACCUGAGGGUGGGAGGGGCCACGGGACCAGGGGAGUCAAGGGAUGACCAGUCCAGGGAAGCUGUGGGAGUCGAACAAAUGGCUGAGGAUGGGCCCUGGGGAGCCCCAGCAGCGCUCAGGACUGGCUAGCUGAUGGACGAGGCCUAUGGAAGAAGUCCACUGAUCAGGGUGGGUGCCCUCUGGGGAGGCCAGUAUGGAUCCUUAUUCUUGUAUUGUUCCUUGCAAGAUGUAUAUUUAAUUUAUAAGACAAAUCUCAUUAAAGCCAGCUUGUGUUGAAAA